CUCUCCCAUUUUCCACACAAAGAAAGCACAGCGCCCCUCACAGGAAUGGAGGUGCACAUUGCCGCUAAACCAAGCAUCGCCAUAUUGAUGUCCCAACAACGUCGAGAGGGCAUAUGACAGUGGGAAUCCUAGUGAUGACUCUACUGAGCCCUGUGCCCCCUGAUUAGACUGGUUGGAUGUCCUCCUUAACAACUACAACAAUCAGCCUCGACCAAACCAACGUAGCAUCAGCUCUGCAGCGACCCCACCUGUCACCUGCAGCUUGGAGGAAACCUCCAAGGUGAUCCAGAGAACAUCCUGUGUAUAAUAUGUCCGGCUCUGUCACAAGCCGCUCUCGAGUUUACCCUGAUGUGAACACACAGAGGCCUCGGGAGUACUGGGACUACGAGUCCCAUGUGGUGGAAUGGGGGAACCAAGAUGACUACCAGCUGGUGCGCAAACUAGGACGAGGCAAAUACAGUGAGGUGUUUGAAGCCAUAAAUAUCACCAACAAUGAGAAGGUUGUUGUCAAAAUACUCAAGCCAGUCAAAAAGAAGAAAAUCAAGAGGGAAAUCAAGAUUCUGGAGAACUUGCGAGGCGGUCCCAACAUCAUCUCACUUUUAGACAUCGUCAAGGAUCCUGUGUCUCGAACUCCCGCGCUGGUUUUUGAGCAUGUAAACAACACUGAUUUCAAGCAACUGUAUCAAACUUUAUCAGACUUCGACAUACGGUUCUACAUGUUUGAAAUCUUGAAGGCCCUUGACUACUGUCACAGUAUGGGGAUCAUGCACAGAGAUGUCAAGCCACACAAUGUGAUGAUUGAUCAUGAACACAGAAAGCUCCGCCUGAUCGACUGGGGCUUGGCAGAGUUCUACCACCCUAACCAGGAGUACAAUGUGAGAGUGGCCUCGCGCUACUUCAAAGGACCUGAGCUGCUGGUAGACUACCAGAUGUAUGACUACAGUUUAGACAUGUGGAGUUUGGGCUGUAUGUUGGCCAGCAUGAUCUUCAGGAAGGAGCCUUUCUUCCAUGGACACGACAACUACGACCAGCUCGUACGGAUCGCUAAAGUCCUCGGCACAGAGGACUUGUAUGACUACAUCGACAAGUACAACAUUGAACUAGACCCACGGUUUAAUGACAUUCUGGGCAGACACUCCCGUAAGAGGUGGGAGAGGUUUGUGCACAGUGAGAACCAGCACCUGGUGAGCACCGAGGCACUGGACUUCCUGGACAAGCUGCUGCGUUACGACCACAACGCUCGCCUCACGGCCCGGGAGGCUAUGGAACACCCAUACUUCUACCCAGUUGUUAAAGAUCAGGGAAGGGGCAGCACUCCUGGAGGAAUGGUUACCAGCUCCACUCCAGUCAGCUCUUCCAGUAUGAUGGCAGGUAUCACCUCCACAAAGGCACUGGCUAACAACACUGGAUCACCUGUCAUUUCUGCCCCCAACACUCUGGCCCCACAAGUCCCAGCGGCCGGGGCACAGCCCUGAAACCUCCACCUCCUCCUCCCAGCGGCUGCCAGGGCACAGCCCUGAAACCUCCACCACCUCCUCCCAUCAGCCACUGGGGCACAGCCCUGAAACCACCACCUCCCAUCAGCCACCGGAGCACAGCCCUGAAACCACCACCACCUCAUGGGACCUCCUCACCUAUGUUUGUGUGGACCCGUGGUUCGGUUCAGCCCACCCCACUCUCUACUAUGUGUUGGCCUGGCCCGUGGGUUUCCUUUUUAUUACGUUGAGAAGAAUGACGGAGAAAAUAUGUUGAAAUUGCUUUUCCCUGUUCAGUUAUAUUUUGAGAUCUGGACUUGACAUUUUUUAUUGUCGCACCUGUCUGGAUGAUUGGUCUAGGAAUUCUAAUACAAUGUAGACAUGAUGAUGAAGAAGAAGAGAAUGGAUAAUAACAUUUAUUUUGUAUGUCCCAAAUAUACAGUUUAGCUUGAAACAGUUUGUUUGGGGAUUCCUGCUGUUGCAAUACACUGAACCUGUAGACAACUUCACAAAACGAGACAGGAUUCUCUGAUGUAGCCCCCACUUGGCAGUGCUGGAUAGUUGCUCACACACUACUGUUAAGUGCAGGAGUUACCGGUGUUUUGAAGUUGUUAGAAGCUAUCGUACUUGGAUUGAACAUCUGUAGAUACUCUACAGUAACUGUUAGGUUGCAUGCACCAAAUGCUGACUAUCACAGGGUCAAUAGUUUGCCAAUUUGGUGUUACUUUCACUUCUGUAUACAUGUUUGUUUGUUUUUUAAUGCGGUCUCUUACACAUGAUUUUGAAUACAUAGGCAAUUUUGUAACUUUUGGUUUUUAUUUUGGGAGGAGUCUUAUCACUUGCAAAAAAUAAUCGACUUCAUAAAUAAACAAUUUUAAACAGGCA